CAUUUUGUCUCUCUUGUAAAAGCAGUGGUCAAGAUAGACCCUGCUACAUAGAAAGGAAAGGAAAGGAACAUCCUUUUCAAUCAAGACCAUCUUACAGACUUAUUUAAAAAUACACAAUGUCUGGCAAUUGGAAUAAUAACCGUGGAGGGAAUGGUGGUUCCAAAUUCGGCAAUGGCGCAUCUAGAUUUGGCGGUGGUGGUGGUUCUAGAUUUGGUGGCGGCGGCGGUGGAGGUUUUGGCAAUAAAAAAGAAUUCUCUGGAGGACAAAACAUGAGACGUCCAAACUGGGAUUCUCUUUCUCUACAGCCAUUUAACAAAGAUUUUUACAAUCCACCUCCAUCAGUUCUAAAUAGAUCACCAUAUGAAGUGGAAACAUACAGAAAUGACCAUGAGAUCACUGUGAGCGGCGUCGAUGUACCUUACCCCAUUCAGCACUUUGAAGAGGGCAGUUUUCCUGAUUAUGUCAUGCAAACCAUCAAGAGUUCUGGCUACAAAGACCCAACACCUAUCCAAGCGCAAGGGUGGCCAAUUGCCAUGUCUGGGCAUAACUUAGUGGGUAUUGCUCAGACUGGCUCUGGAAAAACUUUAGCAUACAUUUUACCAGCUAUUGUGCAUAUAAACAACCAACCACCUGUGCGCCGAGGUGAUGGGCCCAUUGCCCUCGUGUUGGCACCAACGAGAGAGUUGGCACAGCAGAUUCAGCAAGUUGCUGCUGAUUUUGGCAAUGCAGCUUAUGUCAGAAACACUUGUAUAUUUGGUGGGGCACCCAAACGUGAGCAAGCUCGGGACUUGGAGCGAGGGGUGGAAAUAGUAAUUGCCACACCUGGAAGAUUGAUAGAUUUUCUGGAAAAGGGGACAACUAAUUUGCAGAGAUGCACUUACUUAGUGCUUGAUGAAGCUGAUCGUAUGUUGGACAUGGGUUUUGAACCUCAAAUAAGAAAAAUUAUAGAACAAAUUCGUCCUGAUAGACAAACUUUAAUGUGGUCUGCAACAUGGCCCAAGGAAGUUAGAAAAUUAGCUGAAGACUAUCUGGGUGAUUAUUUGCAAAUCAAUAUUGGAUCUAUGCAGUUGUCUGCCAACCACAACAUUCUACAGAUUGUAGAUAUAUGCCAAGAGCAUGAAAAAGAGAAUAAAUUAAAUGUUCUACUUCAAGAGAUUGGACAAAGUCAAGAACCUGGAGCAAAGACUAUCAUAUUUGUUGAGACCAAGAGGAAAGUAGAAAAUAUAACUAGAAAUAUAAGACGGUACGGCUGGCCGGCUGUAUGCAUGCACGGUGACAAAACACAACAAGAGAGAGACGAUGUACUGUAUCAAUUCAAGCAAGGCAGAGCGAGCAUACUUGUUGCAACAGAUGUCGCAGCUAGAGGACUUGAUGUGGAUGGAAUCAAGUAUGUAAUUAACUUUGAUUAUCCUAACUCAUCGGAGGACUACAUACACCGAAUUGGAAGAACAGGUCGGUCAAAAUCAAAAGGAACCUCGUAUGCGUUUUUCACACCAUCAAACUGCAGACAGGCUAAAGAUCUUGUAUCAGUGUUACAAGAAGCGAAUCAGACGGUGAGUCCUCAACUUCAAACCAUGGCUGACCGAUCUGGUGGUGGUGGAGGAGGAUGGAACAGGAACAGAUAUGGGGGUGGACGUGGAGGUGGCUCCUUCAAAAGGGGAUCAAACUUCGGCAGAGGCAGCGGACAUGGGGGUGGCGGCGGCGGCCAUAAAAGAUUUAAUGAUUAUUGAAAUAAUCAAAUAGUGAUAAGUGAAUCCUCAGUAAUACAAUAAGUGUAUGAAUGAAAACUUGGAAAACUUUUCCUGAUAUUUAAAUAAUAGAUGUGACUUCUUGAAUUCAUUAUUGUAAUUUAAAUAUUGUUUGAAUUCCUUUUUUUUUAUUUUUUUUUUUUUGGUACAGUGAAAUCAACAGAUGUAGCAAAUGUGAACAUGAGUAAUAAUUUAAGUUUUUACUGUGAUAUUUAGUGAGGAUUCUUAAAUUAUUAACCUACCUGGUUUAUGUAUAAGUUUUUCUUAUUUAUAUCCAAUCCCACACUACAACCUUACAGGUUUAGCAGAAUUAAUGGCCUGCACAUGUCAUUCCAAUAGUUAUGAUCUGUCGAUAUUGGUUUAAAAUAAACUAGAUAAAUUAAUAAAUAA